AUGAUCAACGCAGACCCUACGCCGGCCUCUGGCUUGGCCUGGUGGGCUGAGAGCUACGAGGCCAAGUGCGAGCGCUGGCAGGAGACCCGUGAGAGCCGCCGCUGCCGCCCCAAUGUGACCACUUGUCGCCAGGUGGGGAAGGCGCUGAGAACCCAGCAGAGGGAACAGCUCCAGAGGGCACGACAACAGCAGUUUUUCAGGCAGAGGAACCUGAAGGUGGAAGAGAAAGGCAAGGCACAGAGCCCGCAGGCCAGGGAGCCAGGCCAGGCGACUGACCUCAAAGAGCCCUUGUCUUGGGCCAACAGGAUUUCUUCCCCCAGACAGCAGGUGUCAGGGACCAGCUCCGAGGUCUUUGCAACCCAACACCAUCCUGCCUCAGGCGCCUGGAGGGAUCCGGCUGACCACCUCCCCGCCCAGGCUGGGGGCCUUCCACCACAGGACUCUCUCAUCAAGAAGCCACCCAAACACCACCGUGGCACUCAGACAAAGGCAGAAGAAACACAGCCAACAAUUAAGAAUGACGCCAGUCAGCAAACCAAUUAUGGAGCUGCAGUUCUAGACACGAAAAUCAUCCAGCUUUCUGAGUACCUCAAAGAGGCCCUACAGAGUGAGCUGGUUCUAAAACAGAAAAUGAUGAUUCUCCAAGACCUACUGUGUGCCCUGAUUCAGGCCUCUGACAGCUCUUGGAAGGGCCAGCUUAAUGAAGACAAAUUGAAGGGCAAACUGAGAUCUUUGGAAAACCAGCUGUACACCUGUACCCAGAAAUACACUUCUUGGGGAUUAAAUAAGUUGCUAUUAGAGAUGGAAGACCAGAAAAACAGCUAUGAGCAGAAGGCCAAGGAGACACUGCAGAAAGUGCUGGAGGAGAAAAUGUGUGCAGAACAGCAACUGCAGAGCACACAGCGGUCCCUGGCUCUGGCCGAGCAGAAGUGUGAAGAGUGGAAGAGCCAGUACAAGGCUCUGAAGGAGGACUGCAGGACCCUGGGGACCCAGAACAGGGAGCUGGAGAGCCAGCUCCAUGUGCUUCAGUCCAAACUGCAGGGAGCAGACAGUAGAGACUUACAGAUGAACCAGGCCCUAUGGCUUCUGGAGAAUGAGUGCCAGGAGCUGCAGGCCAAGACUGAACACCUGCAGGGGGACAGAGACCUGUGCAGCUCGGAUACCCAGCACCUACAAGAUCAACUAAAGAGGUCAGAGGAGGAGAAACUUGCCCUGGUGACCAAAGUACAGCAGUUGCAGAGUCUGCUUCAGAAUCAAUCCUUACAGCUUCAAGAACAGGAGAAACUCUUAACAAAGAAAGGUCAGCAAAUUUAUUUCCACAAAUUCUAA